CUGACCGAUAUUUUGGGCAAUGGUGUUCCUGAUCUUGGUAACACCUUGGGCAACGUGGUUUCUGACCUUGGCAACACCUUGGGCAACGGCCUCCCAGACCUGACCGAUAUUUUGGGCAAUGGUGUUCCUGAUCUUGGUAACACCUUGGGCAACGUAGUUCCUGACCUCAGCACCACUCUGGGUAACACCUUGGGUAAUGUGGUCCCUGAUCUUGGCAACACUUUGGGCAAUGUUCCUGAUCUCGUUGGCACGCUUGGAGGCCUUGCCCCCGGCCUUGGUGAUGCCCUCAGCAACUUGGGUAAUGGUAUCGACACCAUCAUCCCCAUCAUUGGAAACACUGUCCCCGAUCUGAGCAAUAGCUUGAACAACGCAGUUCCUGGCCUCGGAGAUGUUAUCAACAACCUGGGUAGCACCCUAACACCUGUCAUCCCUGAUCUGACCAAUGCUCUCCCUACUUUGGGAAGUGCGCUUCUCGAUCUCGCCAGCAACCCAGCAAGCAACCUGGGUCUGACCAACGCCCUUGCCAAUAUCCCCAACCUAAGCCUCCCUGAGCUGACCCUCCCCGAUCUGACCCUGCCUUCGUUGGGUGUCCCUUCAUUGAAUGACAUCAACAUCGAACUCCAAACGCCUUCGCUUGCAGACCUCCUCGGAAACGUUGGUAGCCUCGCCAGCACUCCUAGUAUUCCCACGCUACCAAACCUUCCAUUGGUUUCGAUCCCGGACACUACCUUGCCAAACCUCCUUCCGAGCCUCGGGCCUUCGCUUAUUUCAAACAUCGUUAGCAGCUUGGCUCCGUCAACUCCAAGCGUCCCCGCGAGCCCCUUGGCGGGCGCACUGGGCAACGUCGGCCAAGCCGCCGGCCAGAUUGCGAGCCCACUCACUUCGGCAUGCACUGGUAUCCUUGGAUCUCUUGCCUGCACCCUUGACGGUAAGAGCACACUGAACAACGUCGUCACCCAGACCGGCAAUGCUCUGGGCACCGUCGGCAGCGCAGUUGGGGGUCUCCUCGGAAAUCUUCUGAAGCCCGCUGCUACUACACCCAAGCUCUUCAGAAUCUGA